UUAGAGGUUGGUGAUCCUCCUCGACGAGUCCCAUCCUAAACUUAUCGCUAAUCAACUUUCUUUCGGUUGUUCUCUAAUGCCUUCUUCUUCUUCUUCUUCUUCUAUUUACGAAAAUUGAAAUCCAACUUCCAUCGUCGUCAUCAAGCCACCGGCUCUGUGGCUGCUCCUGCUUUCUUUAUUCAGAGGAAUUGGAGUGGUUGGGGAGCUGCACCUGCACCUCAGUGACGGCAGAGCAGAUCCAUUCAACGCCUUCCUCGGAAUGCGACAAAAGAAGCGAUCCUUUCCCUAUCUCCUCCUUUUCUUCAAUCACUGGUUCCAUGCCCAUCCAUGUGUGCUCGGUUAGAUCGACUCUUGCAGCGUAGAGGAACGCAUUGAUAAUGAUUUUGAGUGGCGACUUCUCUUCAAUUUGAUUCAUUCUUCAAGGGGACAAUAUAGUAUCUCCAUGGCUAUGUUGGUGAGAGGAGAGGCAAGGUGUGUGAUGGUGGGUCUGCAGAUGGAUACCAAUGGCAAGGAAUUACUUGAGUGGGCAAUCAACAGAGUUACCAAACAAGGCGACAGCAUUGUCGCAGUGAAUGUCUGCAGAGAUUCCGGUCUGAAAAACACCAUCACCACUCUGUCCCUAGUAGCCAUGCUACGAGACUUUCUGGUAGCAUAUGAAGGCGCCUGCAAUCUUAAGAAAGUUUCCCUUGUUGGUCGGGUUGUUCGGGGUAAGUCGAUUCAGAAAGUCCUAGUGAAUGAGGCCAAACUUUGUGCUGCCACGGACAUAGUCGUCGGAGCAAACACGCAUAUCUCAAUGGGGGGCUCUGCCUUAGUUGCUAAGUACUGUGCCAAGAAGCUACCUCCUGCCAUUUCCGUAAUAACAGUUCAAGAUGGACAAGUCAUCUUUGAAAAGAAAGCCACUCUCGAAAAAACAUCUGCAAGAGGACCAAAACCCCGACGUCUUCGAAAUAUUCUAUAUAAAGGUCUUAGUAUGCAGCAGAGCAUAGCCAUACCCACACCGAAUGCUGAAAAAGAGGCUGUUAAAGAAUCUCGGAAACCAUUGAAUUAUGAUUUCAAAAAUGAUGAAGAUGAUGAGGCAAUCUCAAAUGCCAAAAAUCAUGUCCGUGAGGAAAUAAGAGCAGAUACUCAAACUUCCAUCACUGUGUUCGUCAGACAGUUGCCACAGCCUGUGAUAGGUUGGCCUCUACUGCGAAAAGCAGUGCAAGAAAACAUUGCUGAGGAGAAGGCCGAUGGUGCUCGAAGAUUGUCAGUCGUUCAAUGGGCCAUGGCUUUACCUGAUAGGAAUUUCUCAUCAGUCCAGCCACUGUUUCAGCUUACCAAGGAAUUGAUGACAAUCCUCGACAAGAAUAACUCAAGCUGCAAAUGGUUUCAUUACGAGGAACUCCUGAGUUCAACUAAUCAGUUCUCUUCAGAAAAUUUGAUAGGCAAAGGAGGAACUGGCCUAGUAUACAGAGGCAAGCUUGGGAGUGGGAAAGAGGUUGCUAUAAAGUUAUUACAACUGUCUACAGAAUCAUCAAGGGAUUUCCUUCAGGAGGUUGAUAUAGUUACUAAGCUAGAUCACCAACAUGUAGUCUCAUUAUUAGGCAUUUGCGUACAGAAGAACAAUCUUAUUUCCAUAUUCAAGUAUUUUGUUAAUGGAAGUUUAGAGGAAAUUUUAUGUGGAAAAAAUGUCGAACGACCACUACCUUGGGACACAAGAACCAAAGUGGCAAUGGGGAUUGCGGAGGCUCUCAACUAUCUUCAUCAUGGUCCUCAAACAGUAAUCCACAGAGAUGUGAAAUCUUCGAACAUUCUUCUUGAUGACAAAUUUGAACCUCAGUUAUCUGAUUUUGGCUUAGCUAUUUGGGCUCAUAAAACAUCAAAGUACCUUGCACAAAAUGACAUCGUUGGAACUUUCGGAUACCUUGCACCUGAGUACUUCAUGUAUGGAAAAGCAAGCCAUAAGAUUGAUGUCUAUGCUUUUGGCGUUGUUCUACUGGAAUUAAUAACAGGAAGAAUGGCCAUCAAUGACAACAAUCCUAAAGGUCAAGAAAGUUUGGUGAUGUGGGCGACACAAGUUAUUGAGAAUGGAAAUUUGAUGGAUCUACUGGAUCCCAAACUUGACACCAACUAUGAUAAAGACCAGAUGAGAAGAAUGAUCUUAGCUGCAUCUCUUUGCAUAACAAGGAUACCUCUAUUACGACCUGCAAUCGACAAGAUAUGCAGCCUUUUACAAGGAGAAGAUGACAUUGAGAAAUGGAUAUGCAACCAGAAAGAUUCAAUGUCAGAUAUGGUAGAUUGGCUUGAUGAAGAAAUCUAUCCACCUUGUAGUAUUGGAUCACUUGCAUUGAUCAACAUGGACCACAAUGCAUCAGUGAUAGGCUGUGAACAACAUCAGUUUGGUUCCUGGCAGGAAUAUCUCCGAGGUCGAUGGAGUCGUUCUUCUAGUUUUAAUUAGCUCUUCGCCGACUUUACAAAGAAUAGUCAUAACUAACCUAUCCCUUUCUUUUUCUUCCUUGUACAUAAUAAAGCUAGAUUUAGAGUUAGUAUGGCUUGCUGACCAAAAAGAGGAGUCAUACUACUAUGAGAUAGAAAAUAAGAGAAGCAUGAGCAAGGCAAACAUUUAAUUA